AUGGAGCCAAGUUUCGUAGAUGAACGCGAAGAUGUCCAGAAGAAAACAUUCGCCAAAUGGAUCAACUCCCAACUUGUCAAGAACGACAAGCCACUCGUAGAGGAUCUGUUCUUGGACCUAAGGGAUGGCGAGAUCUUACUGUCGCUGCUCGAGAUCCUCACUGCGCAACAAUACAAGCGGGAGCGCGGACGCAUGCGCGUACAUCACAUCAACAACGUGAACACGGCGCUGCAGGUGCUCGACGCGAAUGGCGUCAAGCUCGUCAACAUCAGCAGCAACGAUAUUGUCGAUGGCAAUCCCAAGCUCACCUUGGGUCUGGUAUGGAGUAUAAUCCUGCAUUGGCAGGUACACUACCAUCUCAAGGAGCUGAUGUCAGAGCUGCAACAAACAAAUCUGGAGAAGACUCUCCUAGCUUGGUGUCGAACCCACACGGCAAACUACUCCGGGGUAUCUGUCCGUAACUUCACGUCGUCGUGGGCAGAUGGACUGGCCUUCAAUGCGCUAUUGCAUCGCUGGCGACCUCAACUAUUCGACUACACGACCAUAGUUGGCAAAAGUCCUGCUGCGAGGCUUGAACAUGCUUUCAAUAUAGCUCACACGCAUUUAGGAAUAGAUAAGCUGCUGGACCCGGAAGAUGUUAACACACCUAACCCAGACAAAAAAUCAAUUAUGAUGUAUGUCAUGUGUCUAUUCCAAUCACUACCUCACUCGAGCGAAGACGUUGCUGACCUCGAGAGCGUGGCCUCGGAACCCACCACACCCGUCACCAGCAACCCACCAGAGCAGCAAGUAUCGUCGAGCCGGCCCGUGUCUACGGCCACCACCGGCUCCGUGGAGCUGGGCGGGUACUACGCGGCGUUCGAGGAGGUACUCGCCUGGCUGCUGGAGGCCGAGGAGCGCCUGGCCGACACGCCCGCGCCUGAGACCGACGAUCUCGCGCGACUCAAGGAGCACUUCCACUCGCACGAGAAGUUCCUGCUGGAGCUGUCGGAGCAGCAGUGCCGCGUGGGCGCCGUGCUGGAGGAGGGCGCGCGCCUCGUGCUGGAGGCGGGGCUCACGCGCGACGAGGCCGCCGAGGUGCGUCUGCAGCUGCGCCUGCUCAACACGCGCUGGGAGCACCUGCGCACGCACGCCAUGAGCACGCAGGCGCAAGUGCACCACGCGCUCAUGCGCGCGCAACAAGAGCACGUGGAGCGGUUCCGCGCGUGGCUGACGCGCACGGAGGACCGCAUGUCGCGCAUGGGCGCGCCGCGCGGCGGGGCGGGCGCGCUGGCGGCGCAGCUGCGCGCCGUCACGGCGCUGCACGACGAGCUGCGGCGCCAGCAGCCGCUCGUCGACGCGCUCGCCGACUGCGUCAUCGUCGUGGACGACGACGCCGCACAGGAUGCCGACGUGACGGAGAUCGAGGACCAGCUGACGGCGCUGAGCGAGCGCUGGUCGCACACGUGCCAGUGGACGAGCGCGCAGCUGGCGCGGCUCAGCGCGCUCGUGGCGCGCGGCGCGGCGCUGGACGCGGCGCACGACGAGCUGCGCGCCGCCGCACAGCGCGCCGAGGCGCAGCUCAAGCACAUGGAGGCCGCGCCCGCCGACAGUGUGGAGCAGGCCCUUCAGCGCUGCGGAGUCCUGAAAGGGCUCCGGCGCGAGCUGCUGGCGCGGCAGGCGGACGUGGCCAAGCUGUCGGACGACCUGGCGGAGCUGGCGGAGCAGUGCCAGGCGCCGGCGCCGCAGAUGAUGGACCGCGCGGAGGCGCUGAGCGACCGCCUGGACGCCCUGCUCAUGAUACUGGACGUGCAGGCGCAGCGGAUAAAAGAUUUAGGUUUCGACAUAGAUCUCGAUGGCGACGAUGACGUCCCGACCGAAAUGGACACCACACCCGAGGCAACCACGCUCGUAAAAACAACCACCACCACCACCACCACCAGCACCACUGUGGUAACAGAAGCGAGCUACAGCGGUUCUAAAAAAGCCCGUCUCAAUGACACCCCCUCUGACUUCCAACUGGGGUAUAAAACCUUCGUGACGUGGGCUGACAACGCUGAGAAGACGCUAAACGAUUGUAAAAGCGAAUUGGACGUGAAAAAUGGAAAGCGAAAAGAGAUCCCAGCCAUACUUGAGCAAAUAGAGAAAGAGAUAGAGACACAACGUGCUGACUUUACUAACGUUGAGGAAAUACAGCGUAGAUUAGCCGCUGAGGAGGGCCUUCAGGAGGAAGCCAAACGUCAUCAAGAAAGCAUUGAAGAGCUCAAAAAGCGUUGGGAGUCCAUCCAGCGGACAUUGUUGGAGAUUCGCAACACUAUGAACUUGUUGGAGGACAAGGAGAAUUUCAACCGGAAUGUGGAGGCUCUCCAGCGGGAGCUGGACGACAUCCACGCGUGGAAGGAACGGAUGCUCAACGAGAAACCGACCAACAACCAACUUAUACACCUGAGAAACAAGAUACGCGCGGUGAAGCAGUUAGACAUGAAACUGAAGGAACUAAAUGCACAAUCCAUAAUACUGCUAACGAAACCGAUAUCGAAAACUCACAAAGACGAAAUCGAAACCGACUCGAAGCGAAUCAACAAAGCGUACGAAGAGCUGCUCCUGCACCUCACCAAACGGGAAGUGGAGAUCAAGCUCGCCGUCACCAAGAAACCUGUCGACAAGCACAACGACGACUUCAAGAGCUUGCAGAAUAGAAUACAUCAGAUCGAAAUGCAGAUCAUAUCUGAACACGCGAUGAUCUCCUCUCGAGACGUGAUGAGCUCCAAGCUGGACGAGCUGAACAAGCUGCGGCAGGAGUUCGACGAGCUGCAGUCCACUUACGACAAGGUGGUGAAGGACCGCAGAGAGAACUACGAAAAAGGAAGCGUUCAGGAGUUGAACUUCAGGAGCAGUGUCGAGAAUUUGGUGACCAAGUUUGAGGAUACUAAAACUAUAUUGCAGCAGAAGAUUAGCAAGUUAGAAAAUGGUGCGAAAUUAAUGGAGCAGUUCGAACAGGAAAGUGCAGCGGUAGGGCAGUGGCUGGACAAGGUGGAGCAGUUCCUGCGAGAUAACGAGUACGUGCCGCUCGGGGAAGUGGAACUACUCGAGAGAGCCCUUGACACCAGCAACAAAUUUGAAGACGAUAAGUCGACUUACAAGUCGAAACUGCAAACCAUUGAAACGUCCAAAGAUUCGAUACUAGAGGACUGUGAGGAGACCAUCGCCAAGGUUGUACAGAACGACACCAGACAGCUGAGGAAACGAUACGACACCCUCACCGGCAAGUGCUUAAAACAGAACGAACAACUCCGCAGAGCUCUCGAGAGGACCGAGGCCGUCUUCAGAGGCAUGGCGGAGAUAGAGUCGUGGCUGCAGCAGAUCUCGUCUCAACUGCCCCAGGACCACGAGUGCAACAUCACGGACUCGGCCGAGCUGUACCAGAUGAAGGCGCGCUUCCAGACGCUCAAGGAUAAGUGCGACGACAAGACGCAGGAGUUCCGGAACCUCAACGAGGCGGGGAACGACAUCCUGCUGGCGGCGGAGCAGCGGCGGCCGGCGGCGCUGGCCAAGCGCGUCACGCAGCUCAACGCGCGCUGGAAUGACGUCACGCACGGCGUCUACGAGCGGUACAAGGUGCUGGCGGAGGCGUGGCACGAGUCGGGCGAACUGCGCGCGUGGCUCAUGCAGGAGGGCGCCUGGCUCGACGGGCUGCAGCGUCGCCUGCGUCGCUCGCCCAACGCGCCCGCCGACGCCGAGGAGAUCUCCGAGGAGCUAUACGAUCUGGAGAACUACAUUCAGAACCACAGCGACGAGCGGCUGGCCCGCAUCCAGGACAUCGGGCGGCAGCUGAUAGACGCGCACAUCAUGCCGGGCUGGAUCCAGGCGGAGAUCGACGGCGUGACGGAGCGCUGGGCCGCGCUGCGCGGGGAGGCGGCGGCGCGCAGCGCGCUGCUGGAGCGCUCGGCGCGCGAGGCGGCCGCGUCCGAGCUGUGGGUGGAGCGCCUGCAGCAGUGGCUGGCCGCCGCCGCGCCGCCCGACGCGCGCGCGCAGCCCCCGCCCGCCGAGCUCCGCGCCGAGCUGGCGCAGCAGCGCCGCCUGGCCGCGCGCGUGCAGGCUCACGCCGACGCCUACGCCGCGGCCGGCAAGCACGAGGCCGCCGCGCGCCUGCGCGACCAGCUCGACCUGCUCACGCGCAAGUUCGCCGACGUGGAGGAGUGGCUGGACGCGGCCGACGCGGUGUCGUCCGAGGCGGAGGAGGAGGCGGAGGCGGAGGCGGGCGCCGCGGACUCGCCGCUGCCGGCGCGGCUGGCGGCGGCGGCGGCGACGCUGGGCGGCGUGCAGCGCGAGUGUGCGCGUGCGCUGGCGCCGCCCGGGCACGAGCCCGACACCGUGCGCGCGCAGCUGCGGACCUGCCUGCGAGUGCGUAUGUCUAUUAUACCGGAGCGGCGAGGCUCAGUCGCCGCUCUCUCCUCCCUCGACUCUGUUCAUUGCUGCACCACAAGGCUCGUCCCCAACAUGAACUGGGACUCUCUCUAUCUUUUCGUUGUUUUGAGCGUCGCCUUGUACAAAUGGAUAAGAUUUUACCGAACACUCAGCGAGAUCAAGUCGGAGGUGGAGUCUAUUAUAAAGACCGGACGCAAGAUGGUUGAAGAAAAAACCGUCCCCGAACCUCAAGAGUUCUCCAAAAAGAUUGACAUGUUGAAAGAACUGUACAACAAGCUGGGGGCGCAGAUCACCGAAUCCAAGACAAAGCUGGAGUAUGCUCUGCUGACGGCCCGCGAAAUACAAAACGACUUACAAUCACUGACGACGUGGCUGGACGGGCUCGGCACCAACAUCGGCAAACAAACCUUGGAACUAGAGAUGUCCCGCAUGGAAGCUAUCAAAGACAAACUGAACGGCAACUACGUGGAGUUCGCUAAGAACUGCGACCCAGUCUACUUGGAGAAGUUAAAGGAACAGAUCGACACCAUCAACUCCCGCUGGACGCACUUGAAGAAGCACGGGUUGGUGAAGCGCGGCAACGACAUCGACGUUCUACAGAAGUAUUUGAGCGACAUCGAGCAGGAGCUGGACAGUCCGUCCACCAUGUCCCCCGCUAAACUCAAGGUGCUCAGCAAUGAGGUGCGCGCUAAAGCGCAAGACGUCGAAGCUCUGGAUAACAAGAUGCUUAGCAAGCUGUGGGAGAAAAUAAUCGACAAGAUUACGGCCGCCACACUGAGUGAAAACGCGGUCGUUGUCGGGUACGAGAACGUUACUGACACUAUCAAAAGGCGCCUAGAGAGCCCCGUUAAUACUCCAGAGACCGAAAAGCCCGAGUUCAAAAGAUCUAAAAUACCACUGGCUUUGAAAAGCCCUGUACCGAUACGGAAAGAGAUUAAAGAAGGUGGCAAUAGGAGUAGGGCGUCGUCUUUAGAAAGAUGCAAAAGGGUAUCUGAGAGCUCCAUGUCGGGCAGCAUUAGUAGUGCGAUGUCUACCGAUUCCAUCGAACCUUCUACCUCCCGCGUUAGUUCUGUGCCGACUACGCCGGACACACCCAGGAAAAAUAGCAGUACCUUCAACCUUCUAAAAGAUAGCGAUCUAUUUACACAAAUAUCUAAUAACAAAAUACAGCCGAAAAAACCUCAGGAAAUCGCAAAACCCAAAGCAGACCCUUGCCACAUGGUCGAGGUGAAAGAACAUGAAAUAGUGAAAUCUACCGUGAGCCCCAUUGAAACUGUGGAGAUAUAUCCGUUUGAAACUAUUGAUAGUGUCGUCGAAUUCAUACCGCAAAACGUGGAGACAGUCGAAAUAAUCGACGACACGGAGAACGACUCACUCACAGAAUCCGAUGAAGAAGGUCAUCCGGACUCGUAUGAGAGGCGACCCACCGUCGAUCUUGGCACCGAACCUAAGACCUUCGUAGUGGAAGUUAAAACUCUUGAACAUAGGAUGAGGCCUACUCUUGGUAUACUGAAACGUACGAGCAGUAACGAAGAGGACAAACCUACGACGACGCAAGUUGCCAUGGAUGCACCAGACCUGAUACCCUCAACGGAAAAGCAAGAAGAGAACGUCUCGUUAAAGACUCCACCCCCUACGCCGUUAGACGAAAACGAGGCUGCCGAAUGUCCUUUACUAUUCGACUUAGCAGUGCGGCAGCAGGAGGCUCAUCGCAGCCUUCGGAGUGACGAAGUUAACGAAUACCUCAUACUGGACGAGGUGCCAAAAGACCAGGCUGCAUUGCCUGAACCUUCCGCAACAGAAGACACCUUUGACAAGAGCCAAAUACACGCUGCAGACAAGCUUUCGAAAAAUUCAGGUAUUGGUAUCAGUGGGUCUACCCCCGAGAGGAUAAGAAGAAAAUUCAGCCAGAGUGUGGAAGAGGAAGAAGUUAUUUAUUCUGAAGUGGAAGAUAUGCCUCAGUUACGAUCAGCGUCAUGUAGCGAAUUCGACGACAAGCAGCCUCUGUCUACCUCUACUCCGAUCAAAGCGGCAGAUCCAGCUGGCAAGAAACAGGUCCAAGUGGUGGCUAUGUCGCCCAAGUUGUCCGGUAAGACAGACAAGACGACGAGUCCGCUGCCGGGCAGAGAACCGAAGAGCCCGCUGAUGGGCACCAAAUCACACAUACCGAUAAGCAAGGAACGACUGAAGACCGUGCAGAAUGAAAAGUAUCAGCGGACCGACGAGUACAUCGCGAAGGAAGAGCAGCCACCGGCCCCUCCUCGGGAAGGCGUGCAGGCCCCGCAGGAGGGCGGCGAGGCCAGUUCGCUGCGGUUCGGCGCGGCGUGGGACGCGGAGCUGGCGCAGUUCGAGGCGGCCGCCGAGGGGCUGGCGCGCCGCAUGGACGUCAUGCUGCUCACCGUCGGCGGCGUCGCCUCCGAGAGGGACCCCGCCAAGAGGCUCGAGAUUUUGAAGAACCAGCUCGGCCAGCUGGCGCCGGAUGCCGCGACGCUCAUCUCCCGCGGUGAUUCGCUCGUUUACGCUAAGCACAAGGAUAACCCGUUACUCGCUGACUACAUACAGACACACUUUCAGGACAAGUUGCGCAACAAGUGGUCGAUGGUGAUGUCUGAGAUCGAGCUGAAGCGUAACCUGGCGCUGGCCGCCGAGGAUAACGUGAAGGAGCUCACGCGGCUCGUGGACGAGCUUCAGGCGUGGUGUGACUCCCUAGACAAUAACAUAAACAAUGAUCCUGAGCGGGUUCGCAGCGAGUACGCGGAGCGCGAGGCCGCGGCGGAACGCGUUCAGCGGCUGUGCCGCGAGCUGCGCGCGCAGCACGUGGGCCUGCCCGACCGCGCCGUCGGGGACGCGCUCGCCGCCUGGGCCGCCAUCGCCGUCAACGAGGCCGACCGACCGGACGACGAGGCGGAGAGCGCGUGCGGCGAGUACGUGAGGCGCGCCAACCUCGCGCGCGAGAGCGUGGCCGCGCUGGGGGCGCAGCUGCGCGCGCCGCCGCUGGGCGGGCGCGACUACGACGACUUCCCGCUGCAGGAGGACGCGCUGGGCGCGCUGCGCGCCGGCGCGGAGGCGGCGCGCGCGGCGCUGGAGGGCGCGGAGCGCGACUACCCGCGCGGGCCCACGGCGCAGGCGCGGCGCGUGCGCGACAAGCUGCGCGACGAGUGGGCCGCGCUGCAGCGCGCCGCCGCCGAGCGACAGGACAGAUGGAGUAAAUGCCAGACCGUCUGGACGAACCUGUACUCGCUGCUGGAGUCGUGCGGCGAGUGGCUGGACGGCGCCGAGCGCGCGAUCGAGGCCGCGCAGGACCCCGCUCUGCCCCUCAAGGAUCUCAAACAGAAAGUGCGGGAUUUGGAGAAACAGAUGUCGGCGCGCCAGAAGCAGGCGGCGGGCGCGCGCAGCGCGGGGCGGGGCGUGGUGGCGGCGUGCGGCGCGCCGCUGGCCGCCGACGUGCAGGGCCAGCUCGAGCUGCUCGACGAGCGCUGGCGCCGCGCGGCCGAGGCGCUGCAGGCGCUGGCGGCGCGCGCGGGGGGGGAGGCGCGCGCGCAGCUGCGCCUCGUGGCCGAGCUGCUCGACACCACCAGCGCCAACGUGUCCGACCGCACCAGCCUCGCCAUCAGGCUCAGCCUCGUCAAGGCUCGCGAGGAGGAGUUGGCCAAUAAACUCAAGGACAUGGAGGUUCUACGGAAGAACAAGCAGCUGCCCAAGGGCGAACAAACUGCACAGCUCCAGGCGGAGCUUGAAAAGGCGCAAGCGAGCCUGUCGGCUCACCGCGAGUACAUCAACAGCAAGCUGUCGGCGCUCAGCAAGUCGAGCGCGCGGCUCGACGCGGCGCUGGCGUGGGCCGGCGAGGCGGCGCGCCGCCUGGACUCGGCCGGGCGGCUGCCGCCCGACCAGAGAGACGCCGCUGUUCAAGAAAUAGCUACAACGGUGAAAGAUCGUGAAAAUGAAGUUCGCGAAGUGCUAGAGAACUACAAUAACAUGGAGCGCGAGUGCCUCGGCGCCAAGCAGUCGGUGUCGGGCGACGUGCGCGACAAGGCGCUGCGCCUGCGCGAGCUGUGGGCGCAGCUCCGCGCGCUCGGACACGCGCGCGACUCGUCCGUGGCCAGCGACGCGUCCGGCGAGUCGCGCAACAGCUCCGCGGACAGCACCAACAGCGUUCGGUUGGAAUUUGGCGCACUACCCGCUCUGAAUAACGCCGACAUCGUCACCGAGUCUUCAAAUAAAUAUUUUGUUGGAAUAUCACGCGACGAAGGCUUCGCUUUCAGCCGAGGAACUAGGCCGGCUAAAAGAGACGCGCCCUACUUAUCUGACGUCGACGAGAACACGAAAAAGUGGAAUAGCAAACAAUAG